GUACUGUUUAAUAAAACUAACGACACUCCAACCGACGCGUGUCCUUCAUAAGGUUUUAGGGUUUUAGUAAAUUCAAUUCAAUUUCGGAUUUAAUCAAAUGAUAAGCAUCUGCUAAUUUGCUGAGAAGAUUCGGUUUAUCACCUCAAUCACUUACUGCUACUCCAAUCUAAAGAAGUUCCCCAAUUUUACUAUCCAAAGCUGUAGUAAUUCUAUUCAACCAGGGAAAACUUGAGGAAUUGAAGUAGUCGAGAAUGGAGGUUGCGGAGUUGGAGCUGUUACUGACGGCCUUUGAAUCUGCUUUGUCCCAAAUCAAAUGGCGUCUCAAACUUCCAUCUAAGCGUCGCCUUCAAACAGAUAUUUUGGCCUUAUGCACUGAGAUGAGGCCAGUUGUAAUGGUGGACUAUGGAGGGAAGAUGCCUGAACUGCAAGACCGGCUCUCUGCAUUCCUUAAACAUUGCCAAGAGGACUGCUCAGUAUUUAAGCCUUUGCAUGUUAUGGUUAUAGAAGAUAUGAUAUACUUGGUUCAUGCACGAGCAUUUGCAGAGUUUGUUAAGUCUAGUUUGGACUUGGAGACGAGGUUGAUCUUUGUAGACCUUGAACAGGAUCCUCCAAAGAUGAUAAAACAAGCGGAAGAAAGCUCUGUGGGCGCAGAACUUGUAUUGGCACAAAAGAUAUUUUCAUCUGUCUUUUCUGAAGAUGGAAUAAAGACUGAUCACUUGGAACAUCAGAAACCAGAAGUUAGAGCAAACACUGACUCCUCUGUUUAUGAGCCAACUUCUUCACAGUCUUCUGAAGUAAUUGAUCUCAGUGAUUGCAUUAGAGAAACUCAUGUUACAAUCCCAACUCUAAAUGGAUGGCUGCUUGGUUAUCCUAUAGUUUACCUAUUUGGGAUGGCUCAUAUUGAACCCGCCAUAUAUAACCUUUCGACAAAGUCUCUUCAUCUUUUCCAAGUCCUUGUUUGCAGGUGCAAUAGAGGAUCUCAGGCUCAAAUAGAGGAACUAAUGAGUUUCUCCGUGCCAUAUGACUUGAGCUUGGAGGGAAUGAAUGAGCCAUGGGCAGAGGCAUUUUUGACUCAUAUAAAGACAAAGCAAGAACGGUUCGACCAAGUUUGGACAUCCUUAAAGAUGGAGGUUAGAGCUUGUUACCCACAAGCAAUUGCGUUAUAGUAAGUUGCUAGUAACUGAUGUCAAGUUAAUACUCCAAAAAAUUCAAAAUUAUUGCUAAUGCCAUGGCUGCCAAGUAUUUUUGAAUCACCAAGUACAUUGAUUAUUUGGAAAGUGACAGUCUUCAAUGUGCAUUUUUGCACGUUAGUUGUUUUGA